UUAACUCUCAGUCACAGCAGCUUACUAACCUCCUUAACUCUCAGUCACUGCAGCUUACUAACCUCCUUAACUCUCAGUCACAGCAGCUGAUGGACACUGUAUUGACAAAAUGAAAGCAAUAUUGUAUAGUUUUUUCCUUGGCUGUUUACUUUUAGUGUGGGGACAAGUGUCUCCAAUAUUGUCCACACCUGUCUCCAUCUAAACUCACCACAGGAAGCGAGGGAACAUGACUGUAGCACCCCAGAAGAGUUGGUGCUGCAAGAAAUUCUGGGAAUUUGUUCUGUUGUGUUGCGGUGCGCCGGAAACGCAGUAAUAAAUGACGGACCUGUAAGUUUUUUUUUAGUGGUCAAUUUUUUAGGGCACUACAGCAAAUGAGAGAGUGGUUGCCGUGGUUAAAUCCGAGCCCUGCGGAUAACGAAGUUUAUCGCCUGUUUCACUACAUGUAACAUUUUGGUAGGUAAGCAAAAAUACAUGUUUUUUUUGUCAAAAGUUUGCCUCGGUGCAUUACGACAUUAAAUUAACUUGAUUUUGUGCAACAGUUUUUCCUAGUCUGGCUUCUAGAAGAAUGUCAAAUGUCGUGGAAUCAGUGCUCCUCAACACUCAAAAAGUUGGGAGCAUCCUCUGUUUUCAAAGAACGAAAUGGGCGUGGAAGCUCCGCCCCCAGGCGUGUUGCCUGGAUACCAGCUGAGAGUCAAGAAAUGGGCGUGGAAGCUCCGCCCCCAGGCGUGUUGCCUGGAUACCAGCUGAGAGUCAAGCUUGCUUCCUCCAUCAGUGUCAAGCAUCAGAGGACCGCUCACUUUUCAAGCGUCUGUCAGUGGCGUCUUUCUAUGGAAUGUUGCUUAGUUCCUUCAUCACCAUGACGCAACAGUUCCAGAGCCUCUCUGAGGCCCAGAAGAAAGAACUCCACGAGACUGCACUGCGCAUUGUGUCUCCAGGGAAGGGCAUCUUGGCUGCAGACGAGUCAGUAGGCAGCAUGGCCAAGCGUCUGGCCCAAGUAGGCGUGGAGAACACAGAAGAGAACCGCCGGCAGUUCCGUCAAAUUCUGUUCAGUGCGGACGAGCGAAUCAACAGCUGCAUCGGAGGAGUCAUUUUCUUCCACGAGACGCUCUACCAGCACUCGGACAGUGGAGUCAACUUUGUGAAAAUGAUCCGGGACAGGGGCAUCCUGGUUGGCAUCAAGGUGGACAAGGGCGUGGUUCCUCUGGCAGGAACCUGUGGAGAGACCACCACCCAGGGUCUAGAUGCUCUAUCAGAGCGUUGUGUCCAGUAUAAAAAGGAUGGCGCUGUCUUUGCAAAGUGGCGCUGUGUGAUGAAGAUCAGUGACGUCAACCCCUCCCAGCUGGCCAUUACACACAACGCCAAUGUUCUGGCUCGCUACUCCAGCAUCUGCCAGCAGCAUGGCAUUGUGCCCAUCAUUGAGCCAGAACUCUUACCUGAUGGAGACCACGACCUGAAGCGCUGCCAGUACGUGACUGAGAAGGUCUUAAGUGCCGUCUACAAGGCCAUGUCAGACCAGCAUGUGUACCUGGAAGGCACCCUCCUCAAGCCCAACAUGGUCACCCCCGGCCACAGCUGUCCCAGAAAGUACAGCCCGGAGGAUGUCGCCAUGGCAACCCUCACCUGCCUUGGCCGCACCGUCCCUCCCGCGGUGGCAGGUGUGGCCUUCCUGUCAGGAGGUCAGAGCGAGGAGGAGGCAUCCGUCCACCUGAACGCCAUCAGCAAGUGUCCUCUGGUCAAGCCCUGGGUCCUCACCUUCUCCUUCGGCCGGGCUCUGCAGGCCUCGGCCCUGCGAGCAUGGAGGGGCCACAAAGAGAACCAGAAGGCUGCCACCGAGCAGUUCAUCAAAAGGGCCCAGGUCAACAGUCUGGCAUGUCGAGGGAAGUACACGGGCGCCGAAAACUACCCAGAUUCUGCCCACGGCAUCUAUAGCUCCUGCUACUCUUACUGAACCAGCCCGGCAGAUUCCUCCUCUCAUACAACUUAUGACUGACAUCAUUCAAUACAACAUUGCAACACACAUCAUGCUCUUCUUGGACUUUUACAAACCACUGGACUCACUGGACCAGGACCAGGACCAGGACUUCCUGAUUCUCGUCCCGGAACACUGGAUUUGGUUUGAAGUUUCAGGAGUUAAUUAGAGGACUUAAUGAUAAAAUGAAUAGUUGUGUCUUACUUGUCAAGAUGUCUGUUAUCACCUUCUUUGAAAUAAUGCUGAGUCAGCAGAUGAAACAACUCUUCUCCUAAAAAAGGAAGAACAAAUUCCAGCUGCUAUUGAAAAGAUUGAAGAAUUUUUUCAUGUAUGAAAACUUUACCUUUAAUGUUGUUUCCUGUCCAUCAAUGUGUGAAUAAAACAUGUUUUGCAUGUCCUUUAAA